GCCUCUUCAGCAGUGGCGUCUCUGAGUUACGGCCACAAAGCUUUGAGGUCGAGUUGGUAUCCGUGUUCUUUGAUCCUUAAAUCCGAACGAAGGCACUUCUAUAUGUGGAUCAUGGAUCGCGCAAACAGCGAGACCGAUGACGUGACAUUUUGCUAUUUCGACCGCGAUCCGAAUGCGCCUUGUUUUUUUCUUGGUCAUCCUCCGUGUCGACAUCUUUUGACUUUGGAAUACUGUAUGACUUCGCCCUUUCCUUGUCUCCCGAAGCACAAGCGUGAAGUAAAAAUGUCUUUGCGAUCGCAGUUCGUUCACCUGCAAUCCUUCGCGAUCGCACAAUGCCGGAUGGCAGUCGUUGUUUUGAUUGCAAAAACUUGCAACGAGUGGGAAUCCAGCUUCUCAAGGGAGAAAAAUGCGAGUCCCGUGCUCUUUUGGUCAGCGUGCUGCUUCCUCGGAACACUCGUCAUCGCGGACAAGGUCUUCUGGUCGAAAAGACAAGCGAAAAGUGCGCUGCCAGCAACCGACGACAAAGCUGCUUCCGAAUAUCCAGGCGGGGCCCCGGCGGGAACCAAAGAAACUCCGCCUUCCCAGUCCCCGAGAUCAGCUUCUAUUCCACAGCUGCAGCUACACCUUUCCCGGGCGGAGUGCGAAGAGUGGAAGGGCUGGAUGCAGUACGUGUUCGUUUUUUACCACUACUACCGCGCCAGAUUUCUCUACAACCCCAUUCGCGUGAUGGUGUCCAGCUACGUGUGGCUCUCCGGGUACGGAAACUACCUGGCACUUGCAGAAACAAAAACCGGAACUAAAACUAGCGGAAGAAGUUCAACAACAUGUGACAAGCGCGACCGGUUUUCCGCUGUCAAAGUUUUCUCCGCUUUGAUCAGGCUGAACUGGUUCGCGCUUUGGCUUGUCGCGGUCAUACCAGGCACGUCCCUGGAACUCUACUACGUGGUGCCGCUGCACACCGUGGCUUACUUGGUCACGUAUCUGUUCUGCUGGAUGCGGGUGCAAGUCCUGCAGAGUUGGAGGAUCGAUGAUGGCACAGGUACAGGAACGAAAGUAAAACCGGUUCCAGAUUGGCUCGUCGACGUGGUUCUACUCGGUCUGUUCUUUCUUUUCCACGUCUUAUUUUUCGAAACCGCGGUUGCCGAGCGGAUUUUGUCGAAGGAGCUUAACUUCCGGUUUCAGGCGGACCGGUACUCCGCUUUGCAGGGCGUUCUGGCCGCUGUGGUCGUGACGCAUGUUGGAAAGCGUGGGAGGAUAGAAAAUAUCAGCACAGACACGUGUUCGACAGUUCCAUCGUACGGCUGUAGUUUCGCAACAACUACAACAGUAUUAUCCCGCGUCCUUUCCUCAAACUCUCUCGCUGCCGGCUUCGGAUUAGCACUCGCAACUCUCUGGUACUGCAUUUGGGGGUGGAAUCCGGAUAAAUUUACCUACAACCCCUCCCACCCGCUGAUCUUUUCCCUCCCACUCAUCGCGUACUGUGUCCUGCGGAGGGUCCUCUGGCCAAUAAAAAAUGAACAAAGUGCUUCGAAAAUUUUGCGGAGCCUGGGGGCGCACUCGCUGGAGAUCUACCUGUUGCAGUUUCACGUCUUUAUGUGCCGGAACGUGCAGCACGUGCUGGUUUUGGUGUUUCCCGAACAGAUAAUCUUUCCCGGCGGCGAAGCGAGCGGCGGUCCAUCCAUUCCAGGCCCGUUACCCGCUGCUGUUUUCAACACUCUUCUCGUCGGGAGUCUUUUCGCCGUUCUAGUGUACCAAGCGCGCCUAGCCACCGUGGAGACGCAGCAGAGCUUGCAGGCCAUGCUGGUCGCUAGCUUGAGGAAGGGGAGGCGAGAGGUUGCGGUAGAUAAAGAAGAGAAUGAGAACCUGAAGAAUCGUGAUACUGCAGCAACAUCAUCAAAUGAAAAGGCCUCGAUCUCGGAGUCCGACACAAGUACAAAACGCAAAGAACAGUGACUAAGCAAGCGAAGCGCACGCCGAAAGAUGAACUUUUGCAAAUAUAAUGACAGGCGGCCACUUCCACUUGCACAUCUUAAUUCCCUUCCCCUAUCCUUGACCGUAUCCGUAUCAGAACGGGCAAGCAGAGCAAGUUAU